CCUGCCUAUGGUAGCGGUGGCGGACAAUGGGCCCAUCAGAGCGUGCAUCCUACAAAAGUGAAUUCGGGCCCAGCCGCCGCGGCGACUCGCACGCGGAGGCGGGAGUAUGGGACUCAUACGCCCCCGCGUGUGGCUCCAGCGGCGCCGGGCCGUGUGGCUCCAGCGCCGAGGCCAGCCGUUGGGAUCGCUCUGGGGCUACACUGACGCGGAUCCCCCGGUGGCCCCGGGCACCGGGCGCGGGCGCCGGGGGGGUGGAGGAGGAGGAGGAGGAGGAGGAGGAGGAGGAGGAGGAGCAGGACAGAGAGAGGGGAGGAGAGCAUGCUGCUGCGGUACGUGAGCCGCCUAAAGUUAAGCGAUGGACGAGGCGCCCGAGACGCAGAUAAAUCCUGCGCGAGCUCGGUCGCCAAACAUGUCUAACCUGCACGCCUUGCGCUGACUGUCGUACGUUCACUCCUCUUCCU